GAUGCAGCAGAAGAGUGUGCGAAGAGCAUGUCGAGUUUCAACAGUGAUGGCUUUGUGUUUUGUUUGUUCUUAGUUCUUACUUUAGUUUAUUUUAAUCCUUUUUUUACCGUUUUGGGGCACCAAGUCAAAAGAGUUUAGUCAAGCACAAUUGCACAAGGCUCUCGCUCUGUCUCUCUCCCCCCUGUCCCACAAGAAAGUGAAAUAACAAACACAUUGUCUCCUUAGAUUCCUUUCUUUUCUAUUUGAAGCGCACUCUAUCCCAGUCUCUCUCUGAUUUCCUACAUCAGCUGGUGGGACUGGUUAUGUUUCUUUUGUCAGGAUUCUCUUGCUCUCACUAUAUCAAGGAGGGGAGAUGGCUACUAGAAUAACAAAGAAACAAUUAAAAUAAUAAACCUAAAAGCCCUAACAUAUCUAUCCCCAACAGUAAAAGAAAGCAGAUUCAUACUCUCUCCCUCUCUCUUUAGUCUUUACCACCACCUGGCCUGCUUUUAAAACUUGUUCUUCCUCUCUCACAUGAAGACACUAGUCAUGGACACAACCUCAUCAACCCCUCAAGACUCAUCAUCCUCCAAGAGGCACUUCCACUGGACGAACAAGGUUGGAAAUGAAGACCCCCAACUCGCCACCUCAGAAACGAUGUCAAAAAUCAUAGAAGAAGAAGACACAAACACAAAGGAAAAAGAACAAGAAGAAGAUGACAAGGCUGUUCCACUUCCAGGCCCUGCCACAAAGAGAAAGAUUCAGGCAGUGGCAAUCUCAAGGCUCCGAUCUGUUCUGACUGUGUUCAGCAAAAACCACCGUUCCAACCUCCCCUUCGGCCUCGGCUCCAGAGUCGUUGGCACCCUCUUCGGCUACCGCCGCGGCCACGUGCAUUUCGCCUUCCAGAGGGACCCCACUUCGCAACCCGCCUUCCUCAUCGAGCUCGCGACCCCAAUCAGCGGACUUGUCCGCGAAAUGGCGUCUGGGCUGGUGAGAAUUGCUUUGGAGUGUGACAAGGACAAAGACUCAGAGGAGAAGAAGACGACGAAGAAGAACAAGACCCUGAGGCUGCUUCAGGAGUCCGUGUGGAGGACCUACUGCAACGGUAAAAAGUGCGGCUUUGCCACGAGAAGAGAAUGUGGAGCCAAAGACUGGGACAUACUGAAGGCAGUGGAGCCAAUUUCUAUGGGUGCAGGUGUUUUGCCUAACAGUGAUGGGUCUGAUGGUGAAGUCAUGUACAUGAGGGCUAGGUUUGAGAGAAUUGUUGGUUCCAGAGACUCUGAAGCUUUCUACAUGAUGAAUCCUGACAGCAAUGGAGCACCUGAGCUCAGUAUUUACUUGCUUAGAGUCUAGUACUGCUGCUGCCACUACCAGCCCCCCCCCAGUCAUCUGUUUAGUUAUUUAUACUUUAACUUUCUUUCCCUUUUUUAGUUUCUUCUUUGUGGAUGAUGUUAAACACUAGGCUAUUCCUAUACUACUUGUUUAGCUCCUUAAUCAUGAACAAUGGUGACCUAGUUUUCUUCAGCUUUUUUCUUUUUUUCCCCCUCUUCUUUCAGGAGGAAGGAGAAGUGGGGUUUCUGUUAUUUAUUUAUUUAUUUAUUGGGUUUAGGAUAGGUGGGUAGGGUAAAGGCAGAGGGGGGGAAAUUUAAUUGUGGGUAACCAAUACUUUACAGGGUGAUGGUGAUGGUGGUGUGGGUGGGUUAUGAAAGGUGUAUAUGUAUAGUUUCCUUUUCUAAAACCUAUAAUCAGUGGAUAUGAGACGGAGGUUAAUGCAAAA